AUGACUUCAGUUGCUGCAAAGACCUCGCUCUUCGAGUCAUCCUCGAACCCCUCCACCUAUGAGCAAUGGAAGUCCACCCUCCAGGAAAUAAAGCUGCUAUAUAUGCAGCGGCAAUAUAAACGAUGCGUCGCCCGUUCGUCAUCUAUCCUUUCCGUAGCCAGAGAACCUAUAGAUCCCGUUUACAAAACUUACCUGUACUUUUACAGUGCAAUCUCAUACGAGGCAAUGGCCCGGCACGCACACGAGUACUCGAGGAACAAGAUACCGCUUCUGCACUCGGCGUUGGACUGCUUCGUUACUUGUCUUUCUGUUCUGCCUGCGGCUGUUUCUGUUGACGAGGGCCUUGUCGAUGGCCCUGGUUUUACUCUGGAAUCUGAUUCUGCGGAUGACAGCUAUGUGGAUGGCUUUAUCAACAUUUCUGGAUCAGAAACAGACUUUAUAUUUGAACAAGUUGAAUUCCCCGUGUCGGAGACCAAUAGCACUAGCCUUUCUCUUUCUCCCUCUCCCUCUCCCUCUCCUUCCCCAGCUCCGUCGAGCAGGGCAUCCAGGGAAACCUCGCCAGCGGAAAGCAUUGUCUCUAGCAUCACAGACAUCAUCGACAGGACGCUAGAUUGCCCCGACGAAGAAGAUCCUUUUCUCUCAGACUGUGACGAUGUGGUCGAUAUCCUAAGUAUCAACAACCAGGACAACAUUGCCCAAACAGCGGCCACACUCGACAACGAGAAUGAGACAGAGUACCGUUUGAUGCCGCCUCCUCUCCAUGUCCGUAAAUCAUCCCAGCCGCUUCCACUCAUUUUACCAUCUCUCGAGCUUAGCGGUGACACCAGCGCAUCUUCAAAGGCCCAAACUCAGGAUACAACUGAACCCGCGGUUGAAAUUCGAGCCCGCCCUCCUCGCCUCCCUCUUCCUGUUAAAAUUAAAGACCUAGCUACAAACAAGAAAGUUAAGGCCGUGGUUCAGGGUAAUCAAAAAUAUACAUACAGCACCAGCGCAUUGCAAACUUCCUCCAGACGAGAAAUUUUACAUGCCGGAAUCAACCUCCCCUCGACUUCCUCAAUAACAGCGUUUAAUAACAGCCUUGCUUUCCUGCACAACCAAGUCACAUCCACAAUCACAACUCUCCACACCCUAAUCCAAGAAGUCACAUCCAUUCAGCACGCGCGGAUCCUUUCGAGACGGAGCAUCCAGCGCUCGGUCUCAUUCUGGUCUUUCAGUCCCGUCAAGAACGGGUCUGGUCGCUCUCCUAAAACCAAAUGGCAGUCUUUCUCCUCUAGAGGGCCUUCUUCACCUAAAUCCGGACUGGCAGCGCCUUCUGGGCGCGAGAGUCUCCAGGAGCGUAUUAUCCGCUUACGAUCUGAGGGGUGGGAGACUGUUGGCUUAAAGAAUCGGAAACGGGGAUGGAAGGGAGCGGAAUAUUAUAGGGAGUUCUGUGGGAUGGUGCUUGAUGAGCUCUAUCUUGGUUGA